GGAUUCACGUAAUUGAAUGGUAACCAGACAAGCUGCUCCCAGACACCCCUUAAUUUUAUGUAUUUAAGUAUUUAGUUAAUUAGAUCAAUCUGGCAUUUCAUACCAAGAACGCACAACACAUCUACAGUAUCAGUAUUGCAGCAAUGCCUGAUCUUAUCCAGUGGAAAGUAUUACAUGCAGCCAGUGGACGUCUGGAAAACGAAGCGGGUUGCCAGUUCCAAUAUAUUCAAGGGAAGUCAGAUGUGCUGUCCAGUGUUUACAGUGUGUGAACCAAAGACAAAGUGUCACCCGAAACCGUGUCAGCCAUGUGGUUUUCCCUAAUUAAUGGUCAUUCUAGCCUAAGCUUAAAGUUACAAGGUGGUGUUUCUCCAGCCCACUACUGCUACAUAGUACCAUUCCUUAUAAAAGUCACCUGCUCUCAGCUUAAUGGGCGUCUAACCUUUGGAUUACUGAUUGUUCCUCACGAUUUGUCUGCAUUUAUGCAGGAUUAUUUUUCAGGAACCGAAGAUUUACGCAGACAUAGUCUGUAAGCCUAGAACUGAUUUAUUUGUAUUUGCAGUCAUGUGUGAAUUGCAAUAUCUCAGUUAUUGAUAAUGGCUGCUGCUGUUAAUGUGGAGAAGCUAUCCAAGCUGGAGCUUUUAAAACUUCUAGAGAAAUUCAGAAAGGAGAGAGAUGAUGUGAUACACAGGGAAAGUUUGCUGAAAGAGAAACUGCGGCAGCAGGAGUGCAGGAUGCAGGUGGCCGACGUGCUGAAACGCAAGCUGAAGAAUAUGUCCCUGGAUAACAGGGUGCUGCGCAAGACCGUGAAGAGCCUGCGCGUGGACCUGGGCCUGGAGUCCAGCCCCAAGUUCCAGGGGAAGACUACCAGUGACAUCAUCCAUGAACUGCAUGAGAAGGAGCGCCAGUGCAGCUUCCUGCGGGAGAGGAACGGGAAGCUGAGCCUGGCGGUGGACAGCCUGACGUCCCAGCUGGCUAACAACGUUGCCUCCAAGGCCAUCGUGGAGGAGGAGUUGCAGGCACUGCAGCAGAGCCUGAAGGACAUGACCAACAACCAGAGGCGCCUACUCAAGCUCUGGGAAGACAAGAAGGUGCAGAGGGAGCAGCUGAUGCUGCCGGCCAUCCCGCAGCGAGCCGGCCACAGAGUCCUGUCCCACAGAGCCGUGCAGACAGACAUAUCCAUCGGAGCUACACACAAGCUGCCCCCCGGCUGCUUCGAGGGGAGACAAUACCGAUGGGAAGCCGAGAAGAAUAAAUGCACUUUGGAGAGAGGGAGCAGCUCGGGCCUACAGCGUGAUGGCAGAGAGAAAGCCUCCCUGCUGCCAAAUGAGCAGUGACCCGUGCACAGUCGCGCACUUUCCGCCACGGCGCAGCCGCUUUACCUUUGACAUGUGUGCGAAGUGUUUUUAGCGCUGUUUAAUAUUAUGGCUUAGAACGACUUUCUGCGAGCAGAAUUUCACCGUAAUCCGACCUAUUAAAAUAAACCAUAAAACAAAAACGCCAUACUGCAUGAGCAAGGAUCAUUUACUUAAAUUUUUGUGCCAAAAUAAACACGAAAUCAUGUUUUGGGACGUUUGCAUGUAUUUUUUGGUAAAUGACUGAUAGAUUCCCCUGCCUCGUGCCCAUAGCUCCCGGGAUAGGCUCCGGACCCUCCGCGACCCAGUAGGAUAAGCGGUUUGGAAAAUGGAUGGAUGACUGAUAGAUUUGAAGUUGGUUAUUAUCCAUUAUCCAUUAUCAUAUCAUAUGUCUACAGGGCACGGUCUUGUAAUUUUCUGAUUUUAACUUAAAUCUUAGAAAAGUAGCAUUUAUACAUUUAACAUGUAACUUAUGUAUAUUGAAUAUUAAAUGUAUACUUUUUGUGAUACUUGCUAUUAAAAUCAUUUCAAUUGA